UUAACUCCUUCGGCCGACGGCAUGCCGAUCAUCUCCAAAUUUCGGCCUAAAUCCACUACAUCGGACCAAGAAGACGCUAAAUCAUGCUCCAACUCUAUUCUCAUGACCCAGCGAGCCAAUGACAAGGGCCAAGGCAAGGCCGAGAAGAACUUCCUUCGCCCGAAAUAGUUUAGGUUCCGCCGAAAUAUAUCGGACUUUGGUUACGUCAUGAUUGUAUAUUGGGUUUUCGUGCUUCGUGUGGUUCGAAUUGAACGAUUCUUAUAAAUGCCCAAAACACGAUGUACGAAGAAGACACUUUCAUUCAACAGCAGCUUCAUUGUUACAGAUCUCAGAAAUCUUUGUCUGGAGACUAAUUCCAAAGUCACAUUUAUCCGAUUCAAUCGCCGAUCUCCAACACCAUGUCUUCCCCUACGCAGGUCCUCUUCCCUUCUUUCCACCUGAAGAUUGCCGGUGAGCUCCACACGCCGGUGGACGGUGCCCCAGACCGCAAAGGCGCCGCCGUGGUAGUUAGCCACCCGAUGACCGGUGUGAAAGAGCAAACCUCGACCGACUACGCGAAGGCCCUGGCGAAGGCCGGCUUCUACGCCCUCACCUUCGACGCCGGCUACCAAGGCGAAAGCACCGGCGAGCCCCGCGGCCUCGAAGACCCCCACCAGCGUGUCGAAGACAUCAAGGCAGCCGUCAGCUACCUGACAACACUGAAGGAUCAGGUGGACGCAUCGCGGAUCGGAGUGCUGGGCAUCUGCGCCUCGGGCGGCUACGCGUCCUACGCCGCUCAGUCGGACGCUCGUAUCCGCGCGCUGGCUACCGUCAGCGCGGCCUGCGUCGGUCGCAUGACACGCAACGGAGGUGUGCAUGAGCACAACAAGGAGAAUGCCCAGGCUAUCGCCGGUGCCCUUCAGUUUGCCGGCCAGUGGCGGACCACCGUCGCCAGCGGUGCUCCCAGCGAGGCCCCUGCCAUGUUCGAUGCCACGAAUGUGGCGGACGAUGCGGAUUCGUUCUUCAAGGACGCUGCCGCGUACUAUGGAACGAGCAGGGGAAAGCAUGAGCGCUCGACUCAGAAGGUGCCCCCCGUCAGCUAUGAUCUUAUGGUUCCCUAUGACUCGUUCAACUUCCAGCACCUCAUCUCGCCCAGACCGCUAUUGAUGAUUGCCGGUAGUGAGGCGCAGACGCUUCACUACAGUAAGACGGCAGUCGAGACUGCGAAGGAACCCAAGGAGUUGUUCGUUGUGAAGGGCAAGAACCACUUCGACAUCUAUGAUGAUCUGAAUGAGUCUGGCCCUAAGCUGGUUGAUUUCUUUGGAAAGAACCUUCAAUAGACUUACCGAACGAGAUGGUUUACAUGGGUGAAUGAUGUAUAUGAACCUUUUGAUCUGUACAUAGUUAACCAAGAACGAAAAGGCUUGCCUGUGUCGCAAUGCGAUCAAUCGCUCAAGUUGGUAGAUGCUAAGGAGAAACUAUGUGCUCUCCUCUUUUAGGGCUCAGGCAUUCAAGAGACACAUUAGAAUAACCAUGGAGUUGAUAUGGAGUUGUGAUC